AUGUCCGUCACAACCAAAGCCUCCAUCGCAUCCUUCGGUGGCAAGCUAUUGAAGCUGAGCCAUAAUGCGAAAACCACCAAUUGCGAGAUGAAUUUCAAUUUAUAUCUCCCACCACAAGCCAUUGUGGAGAGGAAAAAAGUCCCCUUACUCAUCUAUCUGUCCGGAUUGACCUGCACAGCGGAAAAUUGCUCGGAGAAGGGAUUCUUCCAGCAUGGCGCGAGCAAGAAGGGGAUUGCAGUUUUGUAUCCCGAUACGAGUCCUCGAGGAUUGAAUAUCGAAGGUGAAAACGAUGCGUACGACUUUGGCUCUGGCGCGGGCUUCUACGUCGAUGCGACCAAAGCACCCUACGACAAAGGUUACAAUAUGUACAGCUACAUCACCGUAGAACUACCACAAACUGUCUUCGAGGCAUUUGGAGAAAUCGAUUCAGCUCGUGUCAGUAUCACGGGUCAUAGCAUGGGUGGCCAUGGUGCUCUUACUCUUUUCCUUCGAAACCCUGGCAAAUACAAAUCCGUCAGUGCCUUUGCACCCAUAACAAACCCCAUCAACUGUCCCUGGGGUCAAAAGGCGUUUAAGGGAUACUUUGGAGAAGACAACCAAGAGAAAUGGAAAGAGCAUGAUGCAACAGAGCUAGUCAAGAAGUGGACUGGACCGCUCAAUGUGCUCAUUGAUGUGGGCACCGGAGACAACUUUUACAAACAAGGCCAACUCCUCCCUGAGAACUUCGAAAAGGCUGCCAAAGAAGCUGGAGUCACCGGUGUGAACAUACGGUAUCAGCCGGAUUAUGAUCAUAGUUAUUAUACUAUGGCCACUUUUUCGGACGAUCACGUUGAGCAUGCUGCUAAAUAUCUGUUUGAGUAG